GAUCAUGUGAUUGUGUAUUGAACCGAAUGUCAUGCAGUUUAGACCAGAAGAAAACACGGUCACAAGAGGAUGACAGGCUAAACAGUCAGCACCAACUCUCAACAAGCAUUCAACAUGGAGGAUUCAGAGAGGACUCAGCUUCUGUCAGAUCACGGGCCAGACACCAGCCCCCGCAUUGUGGUGGAAGUACCGCGAGGGAAUGCCUCAGCAGACCCCGCCAGGAAGAAGUUGAGGACCCUCCAGACUUCCUCUACCUCUGCCCUUGAUUCUGUGGAGGUCCCCAACAAUCCACAGACCUACAUCUCCAACACUCACAGCAUCUCACUGGAGGACAACCACCUGGACCGACUCAAAAUAUCCAACAUACAGAGUCUAAUGCACCUCCUGAAGGGUAACAUUGGUACUGGUAUUCUGGCCAUGCCCAUUGCUGUCAGCUACGCUGGGCUCUGGGUCGGAUCUAUUGGAAUUCUGUUCCUUGGAUUCCUAGCCACUCACUGUAUGCAUAUGCUUCUGAACUCUAGCACACAUCUUCGGAGAAGAGAGAGAAAAGGCCCCGUGGAUUAUGCCGACACCUUCCAUCUCAGCCUGGCCUCUGGCCCACCGUCUCUCCGGAAGUUGGCAGGAGCUGGUCGGGUAACAAUAAACAUUUUCCUGAUGAUGACACAGUUUGGGUUCUGUUGUGUCUACAUUCUCUUUGUGGCAACAAAUGUCAAACAGCUGCUUCAUACAGUGUGGGCAGAUGACCCCAGCCUGAAGGUUUACAUCAUUGCGAUUGGUCUCUUGCUAAUUCCAUACAGCUUAAUCAGGAACCUUGUACAUCUUGCCCCGUUUGCAAUGUUUGCGAAUGUCCUGAAUGCGGUGGGAUUGAUCAUCAUCUUCCAGUACAUCGUCAGAGGUCUUCCCAAUCAGAAUACCAGACCUGCGGACAAGUCCUAUGAGAAACUGCCACUGUAUUUUGGGACAGCUCUCUUUACAUAUGAAGGAAUUGGUUUGGUGCUCCCAAUAGAAAACAAAAUGAGGACCCCCGAGUCCUUCACAGGCUGGAAUGGAAUUCUGAGUGUGGGCAUGGUCACUAUUUGUUCUCUGUAUUCUGCCAUGGGCUGGUACGGUUACCUCAAGUUUGGAGACGAGGCUAAAGGGAGUGUCACCCUCAACCUACCCACAGACCAACUAGUGUAUCAACUGGUUCUUCUCAUGUUCUCCAUCUCAUUAUUCAUAUCCUUCGCCCUUCAACUCUACGUCCCAAUUAGAAUCAUUUGGCCCAAAAUCCAGCACCAUUUGGUGUCCAAAAAGAAGAAAGAGUUUGGGGAAUAUGCUCUCAGGAUAAUAUUGGUGAUGUUCACAGCAAUUGUGGCCAUUGUGGUUCCUGAGUUGGACUUGCUUAUCUCCCUUGUAGGUGCUUUGGCCAGUAGCUCUUUAGCAUUGGUAUUCCCUCCCCUUAUAGAAAUAUUGACUUAUAAAGCACCCAAUGAAAGGCUUUCCUCCCUAUCUGUGAUUAAAGACAUUAGCAUCAUGGUAUUUGGAGUGUUUGGAUGUGUUGUGGGAACGUGGGUCUCCAUUGACGAGAUCAGGAAGAAGUUUUAGAUUACUACACCAUCCAACUCCUCAGACUUCACCUUCACACACUUCCAUCAUGAUCUGUUUAUUUACAUGUAUUGGAAUUUAUACUUUCUGUCCUCCUAGAUGUUUAUUUUGUUUGAGCUCUCCCCCAUUGGAUCGUUCAUGUAGAGGAGGAGGCGAGACUGUAAGGCACUGUUACAAUGUUUCAGGUUCUGACCAAACCCACUGUGAUAGCUCUCUUUGUCUCUAGGUAUUAUUUCAUCUGCACAGAUUGAAAAAAGAAUAUUUAUAUUCAGUGUGUAUUUCCCUUUAUAUUUGUAUUGGAAAUCUGCGAUGUUUAAUGCGGUAUUCAAUUUGUCUGUAUGGCCUGGUGUGUUAUAGGACCAACAUUAUCCAAAAAUGAGCAUUCCAUGCUUAAAUAUAUGUACUUUUAUAUUGAACAGAACAUUUCAGCAUUUUUUAAUACAGGACAUUGUUAAAGCAUGUAUAUUCUAAGACCAUAUUUUUGGUAAAACAACAAUUGUACGACUGUCAAUUUUAAAUUUGAAGAACCAUCAACCACCUUUAAGAUUCUUGUCUCAAUUUUUAAUUAUUAUACCCCCGCUCCGAAGUUUUACCCUUGUGUAUCUGUCUGUCCGUCCGUCCGUCCGUCCGUCCGUCUGUCUGU